AUGCGUCGGCUGCUUGGUGGCUUGAGGAAACACGGUAGUGGUAACAAGACGACAACACCAACAUCAACACCAAUACCACCGCCGCCAGCAGCAACAGGGAUCUCUGGAGAGAAUACCACCAUGUCGGGAUUCAGAUCUGUGGCGUAUUUCGUCAACUGGGCAAUUUAUGGCCGCAACCACCAUCCUCAGGAGUUACCUGCGGAAAAACUUACCCAUGUCCUGUAUUCUUUCGCCAACGUGAGACCAGACAGCGGCGAAGUAUAUCUGACAGACACCUGGUCAGACGUCGAGAAACACUACCCGGGAGACUCGUGGAACGACCAGGGCACGAACGUCUACGGCUGCAUCAAGCAGCUUUUCUUGCUUAAGAAGCGGAACAGGAAGCUCAAGGUCCUUCUCUCCAUCGGUGGCUGGACCUAUUCGCCCAACUUUGCCCAACCAGCCAGCACCGAGGUGGGCCGUACGACUUUUGCUCAGACUGCUACAAAAUUGGUUCUUGACUUGGGAUUGGAUGGUAUCGAUAUCGAUUGGGAAUAUCCUCAGGACGAUACGCAAGCCCGGAAUUUCGUUCUGCUCCUCCAGAAAUGCCGAGAGACACUGGACCAAGCCGCUGGUCCAAACCGGAAAUUCCUUCUCACCAUUGCCUGCCCAGCCGGCCCUACGAACUUCAGCAAACUUCGACUUCACGAGAUGACCCCUUACCUCGAUUUCUAUAACUUGAUGGGCUAUGAUUAUUCAGGCUCGUGGGACCAGAUCGCUGGUCACCAGGCAAACCUAUAUCCUUCCAACAGCAGCAGCACACCGUUUUCCACGGUUGCCGCGCUCAACCACUACAUUCAAGUUGGAGGGGUGCCACCCUCAAAGAUGGUACUGGGAAUGCCUCUCUACGGACGCGCUUUUCAGAAUACGGACGGACCGGGCACUCCCUUCUCGGGAGUAGGUGAAGGCAGCUGGGAGCAAGGCGUCUGGGACUACAAGGCGCUGCCGAGGCCCGGAGCGACCGAGCACUUCGACCCCAGCGUGGGCGCAUCGUGGAGCUACGACCCCGCGACGAGGACGAUGGUCUCGUACGACACCGUGGCCGCCGGCGAGCUGAAGGCGAACUUCAUUCGACAGUGGGGACUGGGCGGAGGCAUGUGGUGGGAGAGCAGCGGUGACCGCGGCGGCAAGACUGCCAACAAAGCCGAUGGCAGCCUGAUCGGCACUUUUGUCGAAGACAUUGGCGGUAUAAGUGCCCUGGAGCAGUCGCCCAAUAACCUCGAAUACCCGGAAAGCAAGUAUGAUAAUCUGAGAGCUGGAUUCCCUGGGGAGUGA